AUGGUCAGCACUGCUUACAAAACCAAGACUGACUCUUCUGAUCAUGUUAUAGCACAACUCCUAGUAGGAGGAUUCACAAGCCAACUCAAAGGAUGGUGGGACAACAUCCUCACUCCAGAUAAACGACAAGCCAUUCUUAACUCUGUCAAAACAACUCCUAAAGGAACAAUUAUCAAAACAGAAGAAGGUGCAAAUAUAGAAGAUACAGUUGCUACUCUCAUUUUCUCUAUCGCCAAACUGUUUCUCGGCGACCUCUCAAUUGAUUUCAGAUGGUACAAGGAUGUCUUCCUCUCAAAGGUCCUCAUCAGGAUUGAUUGUAACCAAGCCUUUUGGAAAAAAAAGUUCAUUGCUGGACUCCCCAAUCUUUUUGCUGAGAGGAUUCGCAAGCAUUUUAGAUCAAAACACAAUGGCCAUAUUCCUUAUGACUCCCUUACCUAUGGUGACAUCAUCAGUACCAUCACAGCUGAAGGAAUUGCUCUCUGCAUCGAUUUUAAACUCCAACAGCAAAUCAAGCAUGAGAAUGCCACUAGCAGAAAGGAAUUAGGAACUUUUUGCCAACAAUUUGGCUUCGAAAUCCUAACCUUUCCUUCAAAACGAAAAAGUCACACACGCUACCGCAAACCUUUUCCUAAAAGAUACGAAAACAGGUCAUGGUAUAACAAGAGCAAACCCUCAUUUGCAGAUAAAUAUCUCUCCUCUGAGAAAAAUAGACAGAAAAAUGCCCCUCCUUCAAAACAUUUUCAAAAGAAACCUGCCACCUCAAAAACAGAUAUAAAAUGCUUCAAGUGA